UCUUCCUGGAUCCCUUCAGCCCUGUUAAUGCUUAUCUGUGCCAUCCACCCCCACCACCCGCUCUGUGCAGGGACAUGCCUGCCCCUCACUUACUGGGCUAGUAUUAUGACUACAUUUCAGUGUGGGUGCCUGUAUGUGUUUGCAAGGGGCUAGAACUUGCAUCAUCAGCACUGGCACCAGCCUUGCAGGACUUCUCAUUUGAUCAUUCUGUAAUUGCGUUUAAUUAUCCUGACGAAUGUGCAGAAAUUUGCAAUCAGCUGGAGAACCUCAGGAGCUCUGAUUCCCCUGGCUGCAGAGGAAAUACGUGAGGGUUCGGCACGAUGACUUGGCAUCCUGGGCUUUAGCGGCGUGGCAAGAUCAGGACAGGUGCUGCCCUGCUCGCGCUGUAUCCCAUUCCCUCUCUCCUCUGGGAGAUCUGUGCUGGCUUCCCUGCCCCUGGCCUUCCCUCCCUUCCUCCCAGUCACCGCGGAGGGGACGGGCCCGUUAUGGCCGGGGACAGACUGCCACGCAAAGUGAUGGAUGCUAAGAAGCUGGCCAGCCUCCUGAGGAACGGGGCAGAGGGCACCUUGGUCAUUGACAGCCGCUCCUUCGUGGAGUAUAACUCCUGGCACGUCCUCAGCUCUGUCAACAUCUGCUGCUCCAAGCUGGUCAAGAGGCGGCUUCAGCAGGACAAAGUCUGCAUCACGGAGCUCAUCCAGCCAGCCUCCAAGAUGAAGGUGGAGACGGAAGAGCACCAGGACGUGGUGGUCUAUGACCAGAGCACACGGGACGUGAGUGGCUUGGCUGCCGACAGUUUCCUCUCCAUCCUCCUGGGCAAGCUGGACAGCUGCUUCCACAACGUCUCCAUCCUCACAGGGGGCUUUGCCACCUUCUCGUCUUGCUUCCCAGGACUCUGCGAAGGGAAACCAGCUGCCAUCUUGCCAAUGAGCAUCUCCCAGCCAUGCUUGCCAGUGGCCAAUGUUGGCCCCACCCGCAUCCUGCCUCAUCUCUACCUGGGCUCCCAGAAAGAUGUCCUAAACAAGGACCUGAUGACUCAGAAUGGAAUAAGCUACGUCCUCAACGCCAGCAACUCCUGCCCCAAGCCAGACUUCAUCUGUGACAGUCACUUCAUGCGCAUUCCUGUCAAUGACAACUACUGUGAGAAGCUGCUUCCAUGGCUGGACAAGUCCAUUGAGUUCAUCGACAAGGCCAAGGUAUCCAGCUGCCAAGUGAUCGUUCACUGCUUGGCAGGGAUCUCCCGAUCAGCCACCAUUGCCAUCGCCUACAUCAUGAAGACCAUGGGCAUGUCUUCAGACGACGCCUACAGGUUUGUCAAAGACCGACGCCCAUCCAUAUCGCCCAACUUCAACUUCCUGGGCCAGCUCCUGGAGUACGAGAGGAGCCUGAAGCUCCUCAAGGCCUUGAAGGCCCAAGGUGAUAGGAGCGAGGGGGAUGCCCAGCCAGACCCAGCUGAAGUGCCUGAGAGCAACAGGCACCUGAAGCUUUCUACCUCAGAAAAGGCCGAGGACAUAUCAAAAAGCACAAGCUUGGCGCCCUCCCGCAGUGAGCCAGCAGGAGCUCCCAAAAUUGUCUCACCCACAGCACUACAGCAAGGACUCAAUGGCCUACACCUGUCCUCGGAGCGCAUCCAAGACACCAACCGGCUAAAGCGCUCCUUCUCCCUGGACAUCAAAUCAGCCUACUCCCCCGGCCUGAGGCAGGACACCCCAGGCCCCGCUGACACCGGGGAAGCCCCCAAGCUUUGCAAGCUGGACAGCCCUUCUGGACCUAACGGCUUGUGCCAGUACUCGCCCGUGCUGGAUAGUCCCGACUGGCCCAGUGGGCCGGACUUCCUGCUAGAAGCCAAGGUGAGGCAGAGGCGGAAACAUAGGCAUCAGGCGGGCUCCCCUGCCCACGGGAUGAGCCUCAAUUUCAGUGGGGUGUGUGCCAUGCACAAAAGCACCAGUGUGGAGGACAAUCUCAAGCAGACACUGCGGCUGAGUCUCCCUGGCAUGGGACAGCAGCCCACACAGCCAGCUGUGACACCAAACUCUGCCGGUGGAGGGGGGGUAGGUGCCUGGGGUGUGCAUUUGGAAUCACCCAGCACCCCGUCGUCGGAGAACCCCUGGUACUUUAGCACAGACUCGGCGGUGGGCAGCGGCGGAGGGAGCGGGGCCUUGUUUGCCAGCGCUGCCUCAUACUCCUCGUUCAGCUGCAGCACCCUGCAGGGCAGCUGCGAGAUCAGGUUGAGGGACAAGCAGAGGGUGGAGCAGAGGGACGGGCGGCACAGCUGGCACGAGGAUGCUGCCGCGGAGAAGCAGUUCAAGAGGAGGAGCUGCCAGAUGGAGUUCGAGGAAACCAUGUCAGAGGGCAGGUCCCGGGAAGACCUGGGCAAAAUAGGCAAACAGUCUAGCUUUUCGGGCAGCAUGGAGAUCAUUGAGGUGUCCUGACAUUCAUCCUGGGGCAUUGGAGAGUGAGGGGUGGCUAUUUAACUGGGAAGAGGCAAGGUGGGGGUGGGGACGGGACAGUAUUUAUACCCGUGUGUGUAUUUGCAGGUGCACACAUGCCAAAAUGAAACAAAGGUGAAUGAAUUCAAAGUCAGGAAACAUGACUGUGCAUGCUUAGUGCCCCUCCCCCUUGGUCUCUUUUUUCCCCUCCCCGCCUCCCCACCCUGGCUGCAUUCCCUUUGGGGAGGGAGGAGCCUAUUAACCCUUUCACCCCUGGAUUCUCUGCCCCCCGGGCAGAAAGUGACUCACUGGGGUGAUGGAAGAGCUGAUCUUUGACUGAAGUGGGGGAGACACCCAUCACAUCUGAGCACCCCAGCUGGGUCAUUCUCAGAUUAAAAUUCUGAGGGGCGUUUAAUAUUUUCUCUGCAAAUGUGCAGUCAAAAAGUAGGGGUGUCUUCAUUUAGAAGAAAGCGUUAUCCUGACCAAUGGGAAAUGGCAGAGGCUUUGCUCACCCCAGUUCUCCGUCCCUUGUAUCAGGGCGGGGGAUGGAAUGUAGGUGGCUCCCUCCCAAGGGUGGGGUGGGGAUAUUUGCAUUGGCUCCUCCCCCGAAGCCUUUUUCUCCUCCUGGUGCACUAAGUAUGCUCUGUCUGUGUUUUUUCUGGCUAAGUAUCUUAAUAAUGCUGCACUACCGCAGCCCUAUACAUAUAUAAAUAUAUAUUAUAUAUAAUAUAAAAAAAAACCACACAAAGAAAAAGGUAAAUGGUUUUACUGCAAUUUUUAUUGAGCCGUAAAUAAUAUUUCAAUGGUUUUGUUUUUAAUUUAUUGAAGCUGUUCAUUCUGGCAAUGAUUUGCAGACAUUGUGGGGCGGUACUUUCAGCUCUAUUUUUACUGUCUAUGGUAUUUAAAUCUGAAACACGAGUUUCUAAGCAAUA